AUGUCAGAGGCUUGCGAUGGUAACAACGGAACCGACGUCGUGGUCCAGGUGGACAGCCCGAACGUCCAAUACUCCAAGGAGUACAUCGAGUCCACCGUCGAUUAUCCUGUCAACUACGCCAUCGAUCAGGACAACACAAUUGUGGUAAAUACUAAAUAUACCCUUAGGUCCGUCGAGAUCGUUAUUAUUAUUAAGUUAUUAUAUAUUGGUUAUAGGUACCUACACUAAUAAAAUAUUUAAAUCUAUAUAAACAACUUAAUGGGCCUAGACCAUCUACUACAUUCGAUAGUUUUUAUUCAAAUAAUAAUGCAAUAUUAUGCAGUGUUUUAAUGAGGGAACGGGGGAAUAUUAAAUUACAAAUUUGAACAAAUAGUUUGAUAAGCCAAUAGUACUAUCGAAUCAUUUGUUAACCUUGUUAACUUAUCAAAUAACUCGAUAGUUUCCAUUAAAUUGUAUAUAUCACUAUAAACAAUUGGGCAAGUUUUAUAAACAUUUCGGUGCUCGAUUUGAAAAAAUGAAAGCACAGAGACUAUGAGAGAUAAAAAAUAAUAAGCGUCCCUUGCAAUUAUUGAACUAAACCCGCCAUGCCUCUCAAACCAAUUUUAAAACGUAAUUCUAUAAUUCACAAUUUUCGAAAAUAAACAAUACCUACUGCAGAGUGUAGGCUAACUGUUGCAUACAAUAUUAGAUAUUAUUUAUUUUACUAUUUUAGAUUUUAAUAUGAUGGUUACUACUAUGAAUCUAUUAGUUUUUUUUUUUUUUUGCAAGUGAACACCUUUUCUACCAGAAAUCUUGCUCCAAUCAUCAACUUUAGAGGUGAUGGUUUUUAGUAAAAAUUGUUGUCUUGUUGGUGCAACAAGGAGGUUAUUUUUUGAUUUUCUUUGUAAUAUUAUUAAUUAUGAGAAAACCCUUAAAAUAAACAUCGGGAAAACUUGUUUAUGUUUUACUCUAUUUUGUUUAUUCAUUGAAAAAUAAUCUUAGAGGUAGGAAAUUUCAUUGAGUAUAUUUAUAUAAUAGAUAUAGUUUUUUCGGUGAAUGAACAAAUAGGACCCGGAUCAUUUAGAUCCCAAUCAUACCUUUUGUAACAGUAUCGAUCUAGUUGUCUCGGGGUGAAAUUAUGGUGUCUUGAUCUAAAAGUCCAGAUAUCCAAAUAAUAUCAGUAUGUACAAUCAUCAUAAUAGCUGGUAUGUCGUAAGUAUGUAGGUAAAUAUUUGUUUGAACUUUCAAAUAAUAUACCUCUUUACAAUAAUUUUAACAAUAUGAACCUCGCACUUGUUAGAAUCCUGAACUAGUGUCAUUUUGGUAACACAAUGUAUUAUAUAGUCAUGAAAUUAGAAGAAUAAUAUGGCAUAAACGGUAAAUUGGGCAUUAAUUUUACGCGUAUCCAAUUCUUUAGAAAAAUAUUCUCUUUUCGAAUUUGUGUAAAAAGGUAGGGCACUAAUCAAAUUUAUAUUUAUAAACCACAAAUUGAGAUAGCUUAAUGGUAAUGGCCAAUAUAAUAAGGUAGGUAGUUAGGUGGGUAAUUUUAAAUUAAUUGUACCUACCUAUAAUAUAAAACAUAAGUAAUAUGAAUAAAUACGAAAUUUUGAAAAUGCCACCAAUAUCUAAUAAAUGGAUCCUUAUGGCCAAGAUCUAAAAAUGUUGUGGAUCUAAAUGACUCGGGACAAUAUUGUCCCGAGAUCUGAAUGUCUCUAACCUGAUAUAAAUUCUUAUCAGAAUAUUUACCGGAGUCUCGAUGACGCUGGAUCUAUUUGUCAUGCUCUCAGUAUUUUCCAGACAUGGUAAAAUUUUUAAAUCAUUCUGGCAAUUUCUCAGUUUUAGCUAUUUGUAAUUUUUUAGUUUUUCAGAAUUUUAAUUGGUUUUCUGUGAUUAAAAUUGUUUUGAUAAGUUACAAUUAGUGAGAAAAAAAUGUCUGUGUAAUGUUGUAUUUUUUUUUUUUUAUAAGCGCUUAAGGUUCAAAUUUGAAUGAAAAUAUUACAUUUUGAUUUGAUAAAAAUGCAAAAUAUAGAUCGUGUUUUUACGAUAAUAGGCAGUGGCGGAUCCUGGCGUUAUUCAAAGGGGGGGGGGGUAUUUUAUUUAAAAAAAAAAUACAUAUUUUGCAAACAACUAUUGAAGAAUUUAAGAAAUCCGUAAAUACAUGGUCCAAGGGGGGGGGGAGCGGGGUAAUCGCCAUAAAACAGUAGCACUUACAUUACAGUAUUAUUGAAGACGAAUUAUUCUCGGGGUCAUAUCAUUUGAAGUUAAACAACUAGCGCCCUCAUGGCACGCUAUGGUCAAAUAUACCUCCAGUGUUUAAAUUGUAUCAACAAACCAGUACACGCAUUACGGCGUUCUAUACAAAAAUAUAGCGUUAGGUGGGGAAAAUAUAAAUAUGAAAGAUUAAAAAUGAGACAAGUAUUCUAAUAAAACAAACCUAAUUUAAUAAAAAUAAUUAAUAAUAAUUAAAUUAAAUGUUAAAAAUACUAUAAUUAAUUAUUAUUAUUUCUCACAGAAUAUUUAUUUUCUCCACUGUCAAAUUCCCAUGUUUCCACAACAUCAUCAAAUGUACAGGGCAAAUUUUAGAAUUAUUUUUUGAUUCUAUGCCAAUUGCCUUUGGCAUACGAUGGAAUGCCAAAUAUUGUCUGUUUAGUUGGCACACAUAUAUUCGGCGACACAUAAUAUUUGUUUAUUAUUUUUGGUAGAAAAACUAAAAACAACCAACUUGAAUAAAAUAAUGUAUGUUUUGUAGUUUCGUACAUGAAGCAAUAGGCACAUUGUAGCACGGUAAUAGAAUGUAGAAAUGUACAAUACCCGUGGUAUAUCUAUAAAACGGUGCUUUGUAGUACAAAACAGACUAACCGUUACUAUUAACCGCUAGGUGUAUAAUUUGACCAUAGGUUCGAGUGAGAAAUUUUCGUCUUCAACUGAUAAGCUUUUGUUCCGUAUUCUGCAUAUCUUAAUUCGUAGUACCAACCUAUGUAUUUAAAAAAAAAAAAAAAACGAUAGGUACAUUAUUAUAUUUGUAUACACUAUAGCAAUGCAACAAAAAUUUUAUUUAUAGUAUGUUUUGUAUUUAUUAAUAGAUUAUAAAUAGACGGUGUUUGUGCAAAAGGGCUCAAGUACAAAAACUUUUACACUAAGAACAAUAUUGAAUUGAGCUCUUUUCACGAACUAAAUUUAAUUGGGUAUCACGACUCGUGAGAAACGCAAAAUAUUAAUAAUUUGAAAACAGGCCUACAUCUAGUUUAAACUAGAAAAUUCUCUGAUCAAUCCCACAUGGCGAUGACCUUGAAUCAAAUUAAUAAUUAUGAUACCCAAAGCGAUAAUAUCUGUAAUUAAUCAGUAAGUAGGUAUCUUGGUGACUACUUGACUAAGUACCGGUGAAUGGCGCUUGUUCGAAAAAUGAUAAGAACCAUUUUCGAAUACUUCACCCGGUUGCAUAUUAACAUACCGUACUGACAAACUGCACUCAGGGCACACGAAAUAAAAUACGACUACGUGAUUUUACACAAGAAAUCGGAGUUUAUUUUUGACUAAUUUUCUCCAUUUGCUUUGGCUCCAGACGAAACAAUCUUACAAUUAAAUGUAGCAUUAUGUAGUAUUCAAAUAUUAUAAAUUUUAAAUACCUAUAAUAUAAGGUGAUCAAUCUAUACACGUAACACACUCAUUAUCUUAGAAAGUAUUAAUUUUUUUCGGAAUUUGUUUUAUUAGAACAUUUAAGAAAAGAGAAACUCUACAAUUUUAGACAUUUUGUCUUCUUAAAGUACUACCCCAGUUAAAUUUUCUUUCAGAAAAGAAGCAAAAUGUCUGGUUGAUCAAAAAAUUGACACUAUUAUAAAACCAAUACAUUCCUCGUUUUGCUUAGAAAAUAAAAUUUUUUGCUAGGGUCCGGAUUUCAAAGCAAAAUUCAUUUUUUUUUUUUAGUGAUAGACAAUGCUUUUCAACUACAUAAUUUUAGUUCAUGUAACAGAGACUUUAAAGGUGAAACAUUUGUUUUACCUUUUUCAUUUUUUAGUCUUUUAUUCGUUUUAUUGCAUAAUUGUACAACAUACAAGUAUAAUAUAAUAUAGUAUUUGUACAUAAUAUGAUUUUCGUACCAAGUUUUAACAAUUUAAGUUUAACCAGUUCAAAAUAUUACUCAUGUUUUUCGGGUUUUCCAGUCAAUCAGUCAAAUACAGCGCCUCAGUCAAUACUAUCAGUCACAAAUCAAAUUUUUCAAUUUUCUGUUUUUUUUUUUUUUAAAUAAAAUAAAAUUUUUAUAAAUUAAACGUUAAAAUAAAAAAAUUAAAAAAUUUACAUGUCAUUUCUUAAGGAUAUUUUUAAUGUAAAAUGUAUUUUUUGUUUUUUUGAUGAUUUUGAGUGCAAUUAUUAAAUCCGAGCCCUUGUUAUUAAAUUUGUUGAAUUGUCUUGUUACACAAUAUAUAGCCAAUAUUUUGUUGAUUAAUCAGAAAAUUGAAUGUUUUGGUUUUGAUUAAAUCAAUUUAUAAUAUGUUGAAUAUCAUGUGGAUUAAAUUGGGAAUGGUCUGCCACUGAUGAUAUAUGGUUGUAUAAUGAAAUGUGUAUUGAAGAAAACUGCACCGCGAGAAAUGUUAAAUAAACGCAUGAUAUAUUCUGUGCUUGAAAUUCAUAAGUACAAACAAGUGUAUAUAUCUAAUAACUUAAUAUUAUUAUUAGUAUUAGUCAUUAGUAGAUUAUUGGUAUUAAUAGUUCUUUUAUUAAUAUCUAGGUACAACUGAUUAUUAUAAUUAGCAAAGAAAGUAUUUAUUUUACAAUUUUUAAGUACUAAAGUAAUUAAUUUGGGACUACCUAUAGUUGCUUUUUUACUACUUAAUUGUUUAUUGUUUUAUUAUAAUUAGCAAAAAAAAGAACUUACCUAUUUGUUUUAAAUGAUUAUAAUAAAAGUUGUUAAGCUGACUAUAUUUUAUGUGUUAUACAUAUUGUUUUGAUUUUAUAAACUUUUAUAUAUAUUACUAUAUAAGGUAAUAGAUGUAUACAACUAUCAAUUUUAUAUUGCCUAACUUUAUACAUUUGUAAUUAUGAGUUACAAUUUAAAAUAUAAUUAAAUUUUGAGCAAAAAUAAUAAUUUGUUCACUUACAUGAUUAACGUGUUCAUUCACUAGGAAAUGAUUUUUAUUUUUUGUUAAUUUAAUGUCUUAAAAACUAAUUAUAAUACAAAAUAUAUUUUAAUAACCUAAACCACCAAAAAUGACUAUUAUAUCACUAUGAAGAUUGAAAAAUGUUUGUUCAUUCAUUAAGAAGUUUAAGGAGCUCUACAAAUACUCAAGCACAAUGAGAAAAAUAAAAAAAGAAGAGUAGGUACUUUAGAUUGACUGCCUGGUGUAAGAAAAGAACUUUUCCAAACCUGGUACAUGCAAUUUGCAAGCAGGUAAAAACUGCUAAGACAUCCCAGGUUAAGGUGGAACAAUCAAGUUAUGUUAGUUAUGAGAAGAGUGGAACCCGAUACUGAUUGGUGAGUCUUGGUAAAGUGAUAGGAUUGCGUGUUGUUGUUUAACUGUUUGGUUUUGAAGGCAUGUAACUACAAAAAGAAAAAGAGAAAAAUGAUUAAUUCUGAUAUAUUUGAAAGUUUCUUAAGCCAAAAAUUAAUUUCUGUUAAUUUUUUAACCACAUAACUUAAAUAAGUUAUUUUGUGAAAAAACUAAAUUACAAUGUUUACAUUAAAAUUUUUUAACCUAAUGAUAUUAUCUUUUACAUGAUUAUGUUUAAUAAGUUAAUUAAGUUGAUUUAAAAAAUUGAAUCUAAUAAAAUGUUUACAUUUUUGGUAGAUCAAGCCUACUAUAACUAAAAUCAAGAUUCGCACCAAAAGAACUGUUCCUAAAACCGGGUUAAUGAUGGUAGGUUUAGGUGGUAACAAUGGUACUACUUUAACUGCAGGGAUCUUUGCAAACAAAUACGGUUGUUCAUGGGAAACAAAAUUGGGUGUCAAGUAUCCAAAUUGGUUUGGUUCAAUAACCCAAUCAUCUACAAUACGUAUUGGUAUGGAUGCAAGUGGCAAAGACGUAUAUGUUCCAUUAAAAAGUUUAGUACCCAUGAUCAACCCUAAUGAUAUAGAAAUUGAUGGUUGGGAUAUUUCAUCUAUGGACCUAGGUCAAGCCAUGAAGAGAGCAAAAGUAAAAUAACAAAAUAACUAUUUCUAUUUAAAUAUAAUUAAAAAUAUAUUUCAUAAUUUUGUAUUUAUUGUUUUUUAUUUAGGUGUUGGAUAUUGAUUUACAAAAUAAAUUAAUGAAAUUUAUGUCUGGUAUUAAGCCCCGGCCAUCAAUUUACAUUCCUGACUUUAUAGCUGCUAAUCAGUUAGACCGUGCUGAUAAUAUAAUUAAAACCGAAAGUAAAUCAGAAGCACUAGAUCAAAUCAGAACAGAUAUCAAGGAUUUUAAAAAAAGUAAAAAUUUGGACCAGGUGAUUGUUUUAUGGACAGCCAAUACUGAACGAUUUAGUGAAGAAAUCAAAGGACUUAAUGACACAUCAGAUAACCUUUUAAAAUCAAUCUGCAAAAAUGAAUCAGAAAUCUCACCAUCUACAUUAUUUGCUGUUGCUUCAAUUUUGGAAGGAGUAUGAAUUUUUUUUUAUUGAGUUUUAAGAGCUGAUAUUGAUUUAUUUUUCUCUUAAAAACUUUAGUGUACUUAUAUAAAUGGAUCACCAUCAAACACUUUUGUGAAAGGUGUAGUAGAAUUGGCUGAGAAAAUGGGUGUACAUAUUGCUGGGGAUGAUUUCAAAUCGGGCCAAACAAAACUGAAAUCUGUUAUUGUAGACUUCUUGGUUACAGCUGGCAUUAAACCAGUAUCCAUUGUAAGCUAUAAUCAUUUAGGAAACAAUGAUGGUUAUAAUUUGUCCGCUCCUCAACAAUUCCGCUCAAAAGAGAUUUCUAAAAGCAAUGUGGUCGAUGAUAUGGUUCAGUCAAAUAGUAUUCUAUACAAACCAAACGAAAAACCAGAUCACUGUGUUGUAAUUAAGUAUGUGCCAUAUGUUGGUGAUUCCAAAAGGGCAAUGGAUGAAUAUACAUCAGAAAUAUUUUUGAAUGGUCUUAAUACAUUAGCCAUACAUAACACAUGUGAAGAUUCACUAUUGGCAUCUCCGCUUAUAUUGGAUUUACUUAUACUGGCUGAUGUAUUUACCAGAAUUGAGAUUGGAUCAGAUAGUAUGGACUAUACACCUUUGCAUCCAGUGUUUUCUGUGUUGUCAUAUUUACUUAAAGCACCUGUUGUGCCAAAAGGUAAAUCAAUCGAUAAUAAUGUUAUAUUAUCAACAACACUAAAUAAAUUAUAUUUGUUCUGUUAUAGGGGCUCCAAUAGUUAAUUCACUUUUUCGUCAACGAGCAUGUAUUGAAAACAUACUCAGAGCAUGUUUGGGAUUACCAGCUGAAAACAAUAUGUUGUUAGAAUAUAUGUUACCAGCCAAAGUUUUUGUACAUUUUGAAAAAGAAGACCAAAAGAACUCAACUUCUAGAAAAUGUUAA